AUGUCAGGCGUCGGUGGGGGCGGUGGUGUUGGACGUGAGCCGCUGUUUUCCUCAAAGUGGCCCCAGCCGGAGAACGGCAGCCCGACGGUGCGUGAGCGCAGCCCGCGGGUGAUUCCGUUUAGAGCGGCGACGCAGUUGCGUGGCGCUGUGUCUCUGCCGCCCCCGUCCGGCGGGCCGCCGUUUGACGUCGCCGCCGUGGCCGCUGCAGGGGCGGAGGCGGUGGCGUCUGACGCGUCGCGCCGCGGGACGGAGGAAGCGGGGGGCGGCGCCGGCAUCACCGUGGAAAGCAAGAGGCACGGCGGGUUUGAGCUGCCGGGGCGUAUUUUUGGUCGUCGGGAGCGUGCGUCUGCGGAGGGGGGCAGUGUGCGGCAGGAUGCGGCGGCGCUGAGGACGACGACGGUAUUCACCGGCGUGACGCCGCGGCACCGUGACGUCAUGCAGGCCGUUGAGGGCACCACGGCGACCGCGCCGCAGGAGGGCGGCGGAACUCUUUGCGCCACUGCAGGACACGCCGGUAAGGCUCUGACGGAGAGCGAGUUCAUCUCUGACGUGCUUUUUAUGUGGAUGGGCGUUGAUAGGACGAAGUACUUCACUUACGAUGAGGCCUCCCGUCGCUACGCGGCAAAUGCGGAGGUGGGCACGGUGCGCCAGCGUCAGGCCGCGGCCACGCUGCAGGAGUGUGGUUGGCUGGCGCAUCAGAUUGAUGACGUGCUCGGAGGCAGCAGCACCGAGCGGUCCUUCUUGCAGCAGAGUUUGCGCAGUGCGGUGCGGCGGCAACUGUUGCAGUACCAUUGCCUGGUGGCCUCCUUCCGUGAACGUCGGUCGCCGCCGAUGACAUUCGGUGAUUUGGUUGUCGCCUUCAAGAGGGUGCAGCCCAAACUCCACGUGCUCUCCACCAUUCUCCGUGAGACCGAGUCGGUGAAGGGGGGAGAGCUCGCCUCGAAGCUGCAGCGACUUGUGCAGCAGGGCUCCGCUAGGCUCUCCGCGCUGCUAUCCGACGUGUACAUGGAGGCGGUGAGCCCGCUGCUCUACAUGGCGGUGUCAAGCAUCACAAAAGGGGAGAUCUCGGACCCUUUUAACGAGUUUUUUGUGAAGUCCAACCCCCGCAUAGACAACGCAUCCGAUGCGUUUUGGUCCUCGAAGUUCGCGCUUCUGCCGGAAAUGCUUCCCACCACCGUGCCACGCGCCUUGGCGGAGCAAGUUAUGUUGGUGACGAAGAACGUUAGUUUUAUUAGAAAUUGUUGCCGCUGCAAGCACUGGCACAUGGACCCUGCCAUUGUGACGGCGGCGCAAGCUGCCUCCUUUGACACCAUCGCCGCAGUGGUUCGCGAUGCCGUGUGCCUUACAAACAAGGCGGUGCUGCGGCUGAUUCGCGAGGAGUUUCACCUCGACAACGUCCUUCGUAUGGUGAAUGCCUUUCUGCUGGUUGGCAAUGGAGGUUUUUACGAGCUGCUCAUCGACCGGCUAGACCCUGUGCUCAGUCGAUUGAGUCAUAUGGUGCAAACCUCCAUUGUGCGGGACCACAUGCAGAGCGCCCUGCUUGACAUUGUCCCCUACACCCGGCACCUCGACACGGACCUUUUUCCCAUGCUGCAUUGUGAGUUGGUGAAGGACGACAAGAUUAUUGGGUGGGACGCCUUUCUUGUGACGAUGUCCGUGCCCUCCCCGCUCAACAACGUCUUUGACGUGAACGCCAUGAAAGUAUACCGGCGACUCUUCCGCAUCAUGUUCAAAGUCAAGCGGGCUGAGGUUGCGCUGAAGAAGUCGUGGCGACAGAGCGUCGUGCUGGACCGCAUCAUUGGACGGCUGCACAACACGAGCCACGAAGCCACCGCCUGGCGCGAGGUCGCGGCGGACGCGCACCUCCUCGGGCUGCAGCUGAAUCACUUUGUCAACAACCUCUGGUCGUACCUUGUGGCGGAGGUCUCCACCGUGUCGUGGGACCUGCUCAUGAAGGCGCUGCGGCAGUGCACCUCACUGGAUGACAUUCGAGCCGCCCACAUUGCGUACCUGCAGUACCUCACGCUCCACUCUCUCCUUCACGGGGACUGCGCCUCGAUGCGUCAGAACAUUGAGAGCAUCCUCAGCAUCGUUCGGCAGUACGUUGGGGCGCAGGCGCUCCUCACCUCGCUGCUGGAGCGCGGGAGCGGGGACGUGUUCUCCAUCAAGGGUGAGUACCAACGCCUGGCCGACGACUUUCAGCGCGAGAUCACGUCGCUCCUGACGACGUUGGAGGAGCAGCACCUGCAGUUUGAUUUUUUGAACUUUCUCCUUCUACGGCUGGACUUUAAUCACUUCUACCACGACACUCUCAGUGGAAGCAACACGGAGUUUUAG